AUGGGUUGUUGCUUUAGCAGAGCCUUGCACGGAGGUCGGCCUCGUGUCCCGGACGAAAAUCCGGGACCGUUCGACACCCAUGUAGGAAACGUCUCCGGCAACGGGACCCCGGAAGAAGAAACUGUUAAAGAGGUCCUCUCAGAGACGCCCAUUGCCAGGCCAUGCAGCGUACAGGUACAACAAACAGAGCAAAACAACAAAACUCCUGAGAUGAAAGUAAAAUCCUUGCCAAGUCCAAUGGAUGGUUUGCCCAGCAAAGCGGAGGAAGGGGUAGUUUCAGUUUCAGUUUCAGUUUCAGAAACAUCUCAGGUUACAGAAUGGUGUAGCAAUAUGAGCGAGAGCGUUUCAAUGGCCACCACCAUUUCGGAGCAGAGAGAAGGCGACGAAGCAUCGAGCAAACAGAGUAGAGAAAUUGGUCGGAUUUUACCGGAGAAGAAAUCUCGUGUCACUCGCAGGUACACGCAGGGGACGGAAUCAAGAAAGGCGAGGACCAGGAAGCUUAACGAGCAACAAUCCGGAGUCAGCCAUGUCCGGCGUUCGAGGUCGCCGGCUACUCGAACAGCCAGAGGAAUGAGUAAGUUCCAGGGGAACAUGAAAAGCAGUGCCAUGACUCCCAUGAAAGUGACUGCACAAGCUGGGGACCAGCAAGAGGCAGCGACCGCCGAGAAAAGAGACGAAGGAACGGCGGAGAAGCCGCCGGACGGUACAAUUCAGCCCCCAAAUGAAUCAAUAGAAAACCCACUUGUCUCACUUGAAUGUUUCAUCUUUCUGUAG